AUGUUACCAGAAUAUAUGAUCCCUAGAUAUUUUAUAUAUUUAGAUAGAAUACCAUUAACAAAUAACGGAAAGAUAGAUAAAAAAGCUUUGCCUGAAGCUGAAUUUAAGAAGAAAAGUAAAAAUUAUAUAGCACCAAGAAACCAAUUAGAAAAAGAAUUAUGCAAAAUAUGGGUAGAAAUACUCAAAGUUAAAGAAGUCGGUAUUAAUGAUAAUUUUUUUACACUUGGAGGACAUUCUAUUUCAGCAACAAGAUUAGUGAUCAAGAUUCAUAAAGAAUUUAAUACUAAUGUAUCACUAGGCAAUUUUUUUGAGAAACCUACGAUUAGUAGCUUGAUUAAAGGAAUUAAAAAAGAUAAUAAAAAUUAUAUUCAAGUUCCCUCUCCAACAGCAUCUUUGCUAAAAGAUACUAAUAUAAAAUUGCAUAUAUCUAAAAAAAUUUUAAAACAUAAAGAACUUUAUACCCAACCAAAGUCGAUUUUAUUAACAGGCGCUACUGGAUUUUUGGGAAUACAUUUAUUACAAAAUCUUAUUACUAAUACUGAUGCUAAAAUUUACUGUUUAAUAAGAGCUGAUGAUACUAAUGCAGCUCAAAAUAAACUUAUUGGACAAAUAAAAAGAUAUUGCUUAAAUGAAAAUUUAAAUCGUAUUGAAAUAGUAUUAGGUGAUUUAUCUUAUAAACGAUUCUCUCUAACCAAGCAACAGUAUAACAUGCUUUGUAAAGAGAUAGAUGUAAUAUAUCAUUGUGGUGCAUUAGUACAUCAUAUAUACGAUUAUCAAAAAUUAAAACCUACUAAUGUUAAUGGCACUGUAGAAUUAAUUAAAUUAGCAUCCUCUAAUAAAUUAAAAGCACUUCACUACAUUUCCACUUCAACUACCAGAAUAAAUACAAUUCAAGAAUUUGAGGAUUAUGAAAAAAGUCUAUCAUAUGAAAAUAUCGAUGGAGGAUAUGAACAAUCGAAAUUUGUAGCUGAAAAAUUGAUUAUUACAGCUGCAAAACAAGGUAUUUUUGCUACUAUCUUCAGACCAAGUCAUAUUCUUGGUAGUUAUAAAACAGGUAUUCUCCCAGUAGAAAGAUAUCAUAUUUUUAUGUUGAUAAAGGGUUGUAUAGAAUUAGGCUAUGCUCCAAAUUGGCAUAAUAAAUAUUAUGAUAUGUUAUCUGUGGAUAAUGUAACAAAUUCUAUUAUAACAAUCUCUUUAAAACAGGAUUCUUUUGGGAAAUCAUUUCCUAUCAUAAGUCCCAAAUUAUUAAAAUGGCAAGAUUUAAUCUUAUGGUUAAAUAAACAAGGAUAUAAUAUAUCCUUGAUAUCUAGCAAUUUAUGGCAAGAAAAAUUAAAAACUAUUGAUGAAAAUAAUGCAUUGUUUCCACUACUAUCGCUUUAUUUAGGGGGUGAUAAUAAAGAAGGGCAAGAAGAAGAUAAUAAUAUUAUUAUUGAUGAUAAUUUUGAUAUAGAUAUUCAGCUUCUGGAGAAAACUUUUUCUUAUUUAAACAGUAUAAAAUUUAUAACACGAUAA